GAAUCUGCCCGGUUAAACCCUCGCAAGGUUUAGAAGUGGGAUUACUUCUGUUCUUCUAUGCAAAUCUACUGGACUUCUGGAUACUGCAGUCUAACAAGUGCUGCUGCAAGUUUGCUGGGUCAAUGUGUUGUGGUAAAGAACCACCAUCAGACACAGAACAAGCAGAGGAACCAUGAGUACAGCCAAGCCCAGUGGGCUGAAGGCCCCAAGCAAGAUCAGCAGGCCGGCCACAGCAGCUGGCACCAAGUCCUCUCCUUCAAAUGCUACCAAAGCUGUUCCAGCUGACAAAGCUUCACCUGAUACCCAGGAUGCAACUGAGCAGUUCAAGAUUGGGGACCGUGUCUGGGUCAAUGGCAACAAAGCAGGUGUCAUCCAGUUCCUGGGAGAGACCCAGUUCGCUCCAGGUCAAUGGGCUGGCAUUGUCCUGGAUGAACCAAUAGGAAAAAACGAUGGCUCUGUGGCAGGAGUGCGGUACUUUCAGUCUGAGCCAUUGAGGGGUAUCUUCACGAGGCCCUCCAAGCUUUCUCGAACAGAAGGAGAGGCUAAUGGCACGACAACGGCACCAGCAUCGCCAACCCCCUCCACCGCAGCGCUGCCGUCCGCUCCAUCGGCCAGCACCGCCACCAAGACGGCUGCCGCGCCCAUGCAACCUGCCACGACAACCUCAAACCUAACUCGCUCAAACAGCGAGUCAGUUUCCAACCUCUCGGAGACGGGCUCGGUGAAGAAAGGCGAAAGGGAGCUAAAGAUGGGCGAUCGUGUCCUGGUUGGUGGCACCAAAGCUGGUGUGGUACGUUUCUUAGGAGAAACUGAUUUUGCUAAAGGAGAGUGGUGUGGAGUUGAACUGGAUGAGCCCUUAGGCAAGAAUGAUGGUGCAGUGGCUGGAACCAGGUACUUCCAGUGCCAGCCCAAAUAUGGACUCUUUGCCCCUGUGCACAAGGUGACACGUAUUGGCUUCCCAUCUACCACUCCUGCCAAGGCGAAGGCCACGGUGCGAAAGGUGCCGUCUACGACAGCAGGUUUGAAACGCAGCCCAAGCUCCUCCUCCGUCAGCUCCAUGAGUUCAGUGGCUUCAUCUGUAAGUGGAAAGCCCAGCCGCACAGGACUGCUGACGGAGACGUCGUCACGGUAUGCCCGUAAGAUUUCUGGCACCACAGCACUGCAGGAGGCCCUGAAGGAGAAGCAGCAGCACAUCGAGCAGCUUCUUGCCGAGCGUGACCUGGAGCGGGCCGAGGUCGCCAAGGCAACAAGCCAUGUGGGAGAGGUGGAGCAGGAGCUCACGUUGAUGAGAGAAGGUCAAGAGCAGUAUGUGACCGAGAUGGAGACCAAGAUGGACAACCUGCGAGCCCUGGUAGAGGCUGCAGACAAGGACAAAGUAGAACUAGUAAACCAGCUGGAGGAAGAAAGGAGGAAGGUGGAGGACCUUCAGUUUCGGGUGGAAGAGGCUUGUAUUACCAAAGGCGACUUGGAGGUUGCCACAGUCUCUGAGAAGUCUCGCAUUCUGGAACUGGAGAGGGACCUUGCGUUGCGGGACAAAGAAGUUGCUGCCCUUCGGCAGCACCUGGAGGCAGAGCCUGGGUAUAGGGCUUCUAGCCAGGACCCUGCCACUGCAGUCCUUCAGGAGGAACUCUCUUUGCUCCACACCCAUCCGUCUUCUCAAGCAGCUAGCCAUGACGCAGAGCAGGCCACCCUGCGUGCGAAGAUCGAUUCAGAAGAAAAAAUGCAUCGCGAGGCCACAGCUCAACUGCAGGCCUCCUUAGCACUUUUAUCCAAAGACAACGAGCAGCUUCGUGCUCGACUAAUGGAGGCUGCAAAGGAGAAUACAGAUGUUAUUGAGCUGUGGCGCUCCAAGCUAGCCUCGGCCAUCACCUCACAUCAGCAAGCAAUGGAGGAGCUGAAGGCCUCUUCAUGUAAGGGAGUUGGUGAUUCCCAUGCGGCCGAGCUCGUUGAGUUGAGAGACGCUUUGGAAAGGCUGAAGGCAGAGCACAAGCUGGAGCUGGAGGAGUGCAUGGGUAGGCACACUGCUGAUGCUAUGAGAUGGAAGCAAGAAGGCGAAGAGCUCCGGAAACAGCUGCUCACUCUAACUGAGGAGAAGGAGCACCUGGUGGAAUCUCUACGUACUAACCUGGAGAGCACGGAGGAACAACACCUAGUGGAGAUGGAGGAAGCUUUGGGCAAGCUCCACAAUGCUGAACUUAGAGUCAAAGAGCUAGACGAGGAAGUGCUUAAGCUCGGACAGCAGGUGAAUGAGAAGGCUCGGGAGGUUCAGGAUCAACAUGCGGUCCUUCAGUCUCUGCAGUCUCAACAGAGCCAUGGCGAUCAGGAGUUCCAGAGUCUUUUAGCACAUCUUGAAGAAGCACAGGGCAAGUGCAGGCUGCAAGAAGGAAAGGUCAUUGAGCUGACCUCGGCGUUGGAGAGCAAACAGCAGGAGCUGCAGCAACUGCAGCAGAGCAUGGCCUCACUGCGGGAAAACAGCAGCUCUUUGGAGCAAGAAGUUUCUGAUAUGAAACAAAAGCAUACAGCAGCUUUAAAUGAAAAGACAGAAUCCGCACAUGCUGUGCAAAAGUUACAGGAAAUGCUCAACAAAAAAGAAGAUCAAUGCACAUCUCUUUCUACUGAAUCAGAAACGCUCAAGGUCCAGUUAUCUGGUCUGGAGGCAAAGUCGAAAGCAGGUGAAGAGAAAAUUGAGCAGCUAGCUAAAGAUAAGACUAAACUUGAAAAUGACAUUAGCGAACUGAUAAAGUCAUCCGGAGACAGCUCUGCUCACCUGUCAAAAAUAAUGGAAGAUCUCAAUCAAAAAGACAGGAGAAUCGAGGAACUUCACAAUCAGCUUUCAGAACAGAAGGAGUUGGUGGUUCGUUCCGAGGAGAACAGGCAUCAGGAGCAGGAACAAGCAAACCAGGAGAGGAAGGACAUCACUGAGAAACACCAGGAAGAGGUUUGCAACCUACUGGAAAAGAUAAAGCUUCUGGAGCGAAGUGUCGAGGAAGCUCAGGCUACAGUGCAAGAUACCCAGACCUCUUCAGAGAAGGCUCUGGCCAGUGCCUUGGAGCGGCACUCAGAGGAGCUGCAGGAGCUCCAGUGUCAGGUUGAAGCAGCACAGCAGCAACUCUGCACUUCUGAGGAGAAGUGCCAGAGGCUCAAAGAAGAGGCAGAGCACUUGAUGACUUUUCAAGAAAAGGCAGAGUCGCUCACUGCUGAAUUGGCUUUCUCCAUGCAAGGGGCUGAGAAGCUUGCUUCUGAAUUUGGGGAUCUGAGGUUGUUGUCUGAAAGUCUAGCUAAGGAAAGGGAUGUUCUUCAGGCUCAGACGGCAAAUGUGGAGAAGCAAAUUGCAGAGUCCCACGUGAAGAUAUCUAGCCUGGAGGUGGUUCAACAGGAUCUUACAUCAAAAAAUAAGGAACUUCAAGCAUUCAGUGACCAAUUAAGCAAUGAAAUAAAGCAACUGCAUUCCACAAGUGAUAAACUACAUAGGGAAAAGUCAUCACUGAAUUUGGAAAAAGGGCAGCUUUUAGAAAAGGUGCAGAGGUUAACAAAAAUCUUGGAAGAAAUGAAAGCUGAGAAUGCUCUUCUGAAGGAGACUGAAGGAAAGCUCAUAGGUCAGAUUGAAGAUCUGGAAAAGAGCAAUGCACAGAGACAAGAAACCAUUUUGAAAUAUCAGCAAGAGAUUCAGGAACAAGAGACAAAUAAUACACAGCUAGCCCAAAAACACCUCAAGGCCUGUGAGGAUAGGGACAGGUUUCAGGAGGAACUUGGAUGUUGUCAAGAGGAGCUGCAGUCCAUUAAAUCAUUAUGCGUAAAAAAUGCAGAGCUUCAAUCACUGAUAGACUCUUUUGAGUGUAAGAAAAAGGAGCUCUCUACCAAGAAUGCCAAUUUGCAGGCUGAAAUCGAAAAUCUCCGUAAUAACAAUGCAAAAGUAAUGGCAAAACUAAAUACCACCAUUUCAGAUAAAGAGUCGCUUGUGGAUGAAAAGGCAGAACUUGAAAGGCAGCUUCAUGCCACCACGAUUGCAUUGGAAAUAGCUGGCAAGGAUAAUGCUGAGCUUCAAGCCUCCAAUUGCAGCUUUGUUAAAAUGCUGGAGGAAGUCAAGACUAGUAAGGACAUCACACACUCUGAGAAGCUUUUACUCCUACAAGAGAAGGAAAACCUUUCUAAAAAGAUGGAGGAACUUGUGCAAAGAAUUGCCAGUUGUGACAAUGAUAAUGCUAGUCUCUUGGAGGUGCAGUCAAAGCUUAACGCAGAAAUUGCAUCUAUCAGAACAGAAAAGGAGAAGGCAGAAAUGGAACAAAAGUUGCUGUUCACCAAAGUAGAGGACUUAAGAAAGUCUGUUAAUGAGCUGUGCAUAGAAAAAAAAGAUCUUUCUGAGGAGAAAAAUUAUUUGCAGCUUCAAGUUCAGGACCUUGCGCAAAGUUCAGCUUCCACUUUUCAAAAAUUGAAUGAGCUAUCUUCUUUACUGCAGAAGGUCACUGAAGAGAAAACAUUGCUUACCAAAGAAAUUGAGCUUUUAAAGGUCCAGCAGAUGAAGAGUGAGGAGAUCAGGUCAGAUAUGGUUGUUGCAAAAGAUCUUCUUACUUCAAAUAUUGAAGAACUUGGAAAGGAAAAUGCAUGCCUUAUUUCAGAGAAGGCUGAUCUUCUAGCCUUGCACAGUUCUCUUGAACAAGAGGUGCCAUCUCUUCGUCAAAGCCUGAAAACCAGCAAAAAGCAAUGCUCUGAAUAUUUGGCUGAGGUAGAAAAGCUGAAAAAGGCUCAACUUCAAUUAGAAGCACGUCUACAAAACCUCCAUGAUGACAGUAUUAAGUUAGAGGAGAAACACAGAGCUGCAGAAUUGCAGGUGAGCCUUUUAUCCAAAGCCCAGGAUGAGAUUGUCUCCAGUCUGACUGCAGUUCAAGCUGAGAGGGAUGCCCUCCGGAUGGAAAAGGAGAAAGCCAGCAUUAUGGUGACUCAACUUGAGGCCCAAAACAAAAGUGCUUUAUCAAAGCAGCUUGAGGUGGCUGAGAUUGCUGGACACACUGCACAGGUCCUUGAGAGAUUGACCCAGGAAAAACUGGUAUUGCAAAAGGAGAAAUUUGCAGAUGAGGCUCUAAUCCAGGAAUUAAAAAACACAAAACAGGAAAUGGAAUCUCAGAUGAACAAUCUGACAGAGCAGAACUCAAAGUACCAUAAGGAGUUGCAGACAUCCAAAGAACAGAUGAACAUUGAGAAUGAAAGGAUCGGCAGCCUUUCCAAAGAAAUUGAGGAGCUGAAGAGGGCAGCAUCAGAAAAGACCUUGGCCAUAGAAGUCAUGAAAAAGGAAAAUGCCAAGCUGGCUGAAGAGCUUACUGGUAGCCAGAAGGAGGGCGACAGCCACCAAAAACUCAAAGAGGAAUGGAAAAGUCUUAAUAAUCAGUUGAAAGACAUGAAGAAGAGGGAGAAUGCUUUGAAGAGUGAGUCAGAGAAGGAGAAAGCUGCACUACAACAAUCUAUCCAAAAAUAUUGUGCCUUGAUCUUCGAAAAGGAUAGAGAAUUGGAAACAUUGAGAAAUGAGGUAUCUAUGGUUCAUGAGCAGAAUGCUGCAGUGCAGACCCUGCAAAGCUCUAUGAAGUCUCUGGAAACUGAUAAACUUCAGCUACAAGAGCGAGUCUGCACCCUAGAAAGCAACCUGUCUGCAGCACAAGCCAACAGACCUGAAAAUGCCGCUUUAGGUAAACAGAUUCACUCUGCAAGGAUUGGAAAGUUUAAUCAGAAAGCUGCCUCUGUAAACAGAUCCUCUUCUGCUCUGGACCAGAUGAGCGAGCAAAAGGAGACAGCAGAGAGUCAGGCAGCGAUUGAAUUCCUGAACUCGGUUAUCGUGGAUCUGCAGAGAAAGAAUGAAGAGUUGAAAGCUAAGCUAGAGAACAUGGCUGAAGCAGCACUCAAUGGUAACACCACCAAUGAGAUGGACAGCAAUGACAGCCUGUCUGAGAUUAAAACCAAAAAGAAACCUCCACCACGACUGUUCUGUGACAUAUGUGACUGUUUUGACCUCCAUGACACCGAGGACUGUCCCACCCAGGAGCAGAUGUCUGAGUCCCCUCCCCACACCACUUACCAUGGCAGUCCCAAUGACGAGAGGCCUUACUGCGACAUCUGUGAGAUGUUCGGCCACUGGACAGAAUCCUGCAAUGAUGACCAGACUUUCUAAAUUUUCUCUUCCUUUUUCCGAGCAUUUAUACCUGCAAUACCACACACGCCUUGAGUAACACAUCGCACACGUGUGUUAAUGUCUGUAGUGUGUGUGUGACUGUUGUGUGUUCAACUAUUCAUCAUGCCACUCAACACAUUCUUCAGUUUUAAUAAAAGCUUGUGUCAAUGGUUUAAUCAGGUCAAGUUAGUUCAAUGGGCAAAAAGUAUUCACUAGUUGAAAAUUAUAUCAAUUCCCUUAAUCUCCAAGAAAUGGUUUAAAAGAAGAAAACACUUUUCUCUUAUCUUUUUAAAACCUAUGUAUUAAUGUAUUAAAUUUGGUAAUGUGGGUAUUGGAGAUGGUGGAAGGAAUGUAUUUGCCAAGAAGUUUGGAGUCUUUGACCUGUUAGAGUCACAGCAAAGGGCAUGUAAAUUCUCCUGAAUGUCUGGGGGCGUUUUUGGGGCUUUUGUUUGUUUGUUUUUUUAAAGACGCAACAAUCCUGAUGCACUUUACUCCAUGAUCCUCUUCCCAGUUUCCACUUGUCUGAAAAAUGACUAAGAUGAACACAAUGCUGUUUUAGCAGUUUGUCUUUUGGAAUAUAAUACAUCUGUACAAAAAUAAAUAAAUAAAUAUUAAGUCAUUUUUA